GAGUUGGGAAAUGAGAUAACGUAUAUAAAUGAGAGGCCAUGGUCCAUGGAUAAAACACUUACCUGAGCUUCACUUUUCACAGCCAUGGUGGUGGUGCUCACCUUCACCUCAUCCUCACUCCAAACCAAAAACACCCCUUUUCACACCAUCAUCCGAAAACCCAUUUCCCCCUCCUCUCUACUCCUUCUCCGCCAAAUCUAUACUUCUAGGCCCAUAUCCCCUUCCUCCAACUCUAAUGGCCUCGUCUUCUCUGUCAAAGCUUACAUGGAAACUCCCAACUCUUUUUCCAGCUUCGCCAACAAAGUUAUCGGAGCUCUCCCUGUGAUCGGUCUAGUAGCCAGAAUCAUAAGCGACGAAGGUGGCGUUGGUGGGGAUAUUAUUGACUUUGCCGAGUUUCGGAGACGAGUUGGGAAGAGGUGUACUCCAUCUGAUUCCAGAGCUUUCUAUGAGUUUCAAAGUCGAAGAGGCAAGGCAGGGGAGCCUUUGUAUGUUCUUCUAUGCUGUUGGUUAGCAGCCGUGGGAGCUGGUCUCUUAAAAUCUGAGGAGAUUUUGGAAGGAGCAGCUAGGAUUCGGAUUUCAAAUGAUAUUGAGUUUGAGGAAGAGACUUUCUUAGCCAUGAUGAAUGAGGCCAGAGAGAAACGGGCAAAGUCAAAGGGUGGCGCAACCACGAUCCCCAUGGAGGCUCGAGUUGAGAAAUCACUUGAAGCCAUUUAUGUUUGCUGUUUUGGGAAAGGCCCUAUAGAGGAAGAGGAUGAGAAUCUUCUCAAUGUAAUGCUCAUUUCAGUUUUUCCAACCGUACAGAAAACUGAGAUACAGAAGAUUAUAAAAGACAAGGCAGAAAGAAUAGCUCAAGGCGGUGAUUUAAACGUUCCGGAGCCAAAGAUCUUGUCCAAAGAAGCUGUUCAAUUGCAAAUGAAGGAUCUACAAUUCCUUCAACAAAAUAAAGAUACUUAAAUCAAUGUGUACCGAGUUGUUAUAGACAAUGAUUCAUAAUGGAAUAGCAGAGCUGUGAAUGUUGUAUCUUCUUCUACUUCUCUGGUUUAGAGUGUUGAUUUUGAUUA